UGCUGGGGAGACAAAUAAGCUAUAAAGGGAUGGAGCAAGUCAUGGCCCCUAUUAAAGAGGAUCGUUUGUCUGACAUGAUUAUAGCGUCAGAGGGUAGCCAAGUUAGUCUAUAACUAGAAAAACUUUUAAAAAAAUGAAUAGUCCAGCAGCACCUUAAGGACUAACAAAGCACGUAGAUGGUAUCAUGAGCUUUUGUGGGCACAGCCCUCUUCCACAGAUGACUGGAGUAUUAAAAGUUCAGAUGAUUAUAGCAGCAAGUUUCCCUUGCAUAAUCCGGAACGACUCCACCAAUGGCUCUCUCAGAUGAAACAAGAGAAGUGGGUACCUACCAGAUACCAGCAUUUAUGCAGCGAGCAUUUUGCUCCAUCAUGUUUCGAGUACAGGUGGGGGGUUCGCUAUCUAAAGCCUGAUGCUGUCCCCACCAUCUUUCAACUGUCUGAAAACCCCCUGAAACGGGAGAAUCCUGCCCGGCCUUCAUGUGAAACACAGGCCAAGAAGCUAAUUGUUGAGAGCAGCACGGACAGGACUUUGCAGGGGCCACAGGCCAUGGCUACCCACCCCACUCAUGACACACUGGAAGCUCUCGCCAUAGCUAUCGACCCGGGUCUGUCCUCUGCCCCGAUCUACGUGGAAGCUCAGCCCUCUGUCUCGGAUCUGGACCUCCAAGCCCUCUCCUCCCCACUGGUUGGGGCAGUGAACCUGAUGCCUCUUGUUCAGAUCGUGGAGCCACUCAACGCUGUGGCACUGGCUGUGGCCACCCCCUCGGAGGGUGUAGAGUCCAUUCCUGUCCAUCUCCCGGGCCAGCCGUUCUCUUCCACCGUGGAGCAGCAUGUGGAUUUCUCUGUCGAGGCCGCUCCAGACUCUUUUGUGGCAGAUGUGCCUGAGCACUUUGCCACAGAGAUCAUGGUCUCUUGUGAGGACGCUGCUGUGGUGGCCCAGCCUGAAGGCACCUUUGCUGCUGAGCAGUCGCAUACGCUGAUGGCCACGGUGGACCAAAAGGAGAUCUCCAGCCAGGGCACCCUCUUCGUUGAGAAUGUGUCCAUCCAGCCCCUCCUGGAAACCGAUCCCUCCACCGCAGCUGUCCUCAGCUCCCUGCAGGUGUCGACCACCCAAAUGGUGGCGUAUUUUGAGACCAUCCCCACAGCACCGGUGGUGUCCUCCUGUGCCAUGGGGCCACUGACCUCCAGUGCCUCGCCUCCCGAAACGGUUUUGUCCUCAGCCCUGACAGUGCCCAUCGUUUCCACAGUGCCCAUUGUGUCGAACUACGCCACAGGCUCUUUGGAUGAUGAUUCUUCGUCUUCCACCAUCGAGGUGGAGCUCUGUGCCGAAGCCCUGGAGGAGCAACUUGAGGAGCACCGCUACCACAAGAACGAGCUGACCACCGAGCAGCUGGUCGACCUGGUAAUGGGCCUGCAGAAGAAGGUCAAGGUGCUGCAGCAGAGGCACCGGCGUCACUGCACUAAACUGGAAGCCAUGGAGGGUGUCGUAGAGCAGCUGAGGAAGGAGAGCCUCGUGUCGGAGGAGAAACUCAAGCUGUUGGAGAUGGCUUGCCUGCAGUCCAGCACCGUGAUGCCAGAAAGUGGCAGCACAGUUGCCAUCAUCUGCCAGGAGGAAGACCGGGCUCUAGUGUAUGCUGUUCCCCAGCUCCCGGAGGAAGGGAAUGAGAGAAUCAUCCACGUGGAAGAGCAGUAACCAGAGACCCACGCGCUAGAGCCCUCCAUGCUCUGCUGCAGAGCUGCACAUUCAGGGAUCGCUCAGGUUGCUCUCCCCUUCCACAGGAGUGACAAUUCCAGUGGUGUUGGCAAUGGCGCGACAUCUGUGCAUUCAAUGGCCUUAAUGCUGUAGCACCUUAUUUCGGUGGGGAUGGAGAGGUGGGUGUUUCAAGUUGGAAUGAUUGAUUGUAAAGGGUCUUUUCUUGGGGGAGCAAGUUGCAGGCUAUGGUCAUGCAUCCAAUGCCCCGAGCAUCAGCACCAGGGUAAUAACCACUGAUUAAAAGCUGAUCUUGCCUUAGUUACUCAUGUACUCACUCUGCCUGCGUAUAAGCUGGUUGCUUUGGUGAGAGAGACAAUGAAAAUAAACGGGGUGUGUGUAUAA